CUUUCGUUAUAUUCAGAACCCAACGGGCUAUCCGAGUUUGAGACUCCAAGUCUAUUUCUGUUCAGAAUUUUGUUGUGGAAUUGGCUUUAAAAGCGGCGUGCCGUAACUACAUCGCUACGAAGGCGCGUCUGCGCUGAUUGGUCCAUCAGCACAGAGUUGGAGGUAUCCCUCAAGAACGAACAGCCUGCUAGCUACAAGCUACUGCACCGAUACUGCCGAUACAUCCUCGCUUGGAAAAAUACUCAAUACCUCUACUGUGGGUCUACAUGAUAAGGUACCAUUUUGAUUCCUUACAUCUAGGGGCUCCUUCAUCUGUUACGAAUGACCGUUACUUCAGUCUUGUGGAUGAUUUUCUGAAUCCUCAUCCCCAUCCCGACCACAUCUGUGCUGACAUCUGGCAGCCUGCUAGCCCCUCGCUGUCGGGAGGUCUCUGGUCGCCUGACCGAUCACUAGAAUGUGUUAACCUGGACAAAUAGGACGAUUGAUCUCUCACGACGUUGACAGAAGUCAUGUGAAGCUAUAGCCCCUCAGCUAGACGAGCCUAAUGUGUUUUAAAGGUCAUGUUCUACGGCGACAUAAAAUAUAAUUUUGGAUACCUUUACAAAGUUGAAGCGAAUAGUUAUACGACCCGUCUUUUGAAUAUAGGAUGCUGUGGGAUGAAAUAAACAUUUAACUCAGUGUAACAGAACGUUUGGGUCGAUCGUUGCAGUGGUUUCUCGGAUUAGUUUAUGAUGUAAAGUAUUUGUAGGAUGCGAGUUUUGUUUGCCUAGAGGUAAAAGCAAAUCCAUCUGACUCAAUGUAACAGCUGUAUCGAAAACGGCCAACAUAUCCAUCUUUCUAAUUCACAAGUAUGCAAAUAUAUUUAAAUAUCUACAUCCUACUAAACCAUUACAGUCAGUAAUGGUUUAGGGUGUAGGCAGGGACAGAUGAGAAAAUCCACACAAUCCCAUGAAUGAAGAAAAUGUAUUUUUAGCUUUAGCAUGUCCACAGAUCUAGUGAUGGCAAUCUCUUUUGAUAUUGGCAGACAAUUCAGAAUACUUGACCAUGGCAGAUCUGAACGUCCCAUCCUAGAAAUCGUUUUGGUUCUCUGAAUCUAAUUAAACUCGGUGUCCCAAUUUUACUCUGCGUGCAUACGGAAACUCAUCAGUGCAUUCACAGCUUAUCUCGCUUUGGCUAUGCAAAUCAGCUAGUGUUAUCGGUUGAUCUUGAAUGAGGCUGACUAUACUUCAAUGUUCCAGAUGACCCUGUGCUUGUAGGACUGGUUGUGCUUGUUUUCGCCGGAACCCAAAUAGCAACAACCCCUUGAUACUUUCUGAAUGGCGAGCAGCAUUGGGUCAUGUGACUGUUGUUAUGGUCCUUCGCCCUGUCCCCCGCGGCCGCCCUGCUGAUGGAGCAGAGCUCCCACACCUCGGGCUGACGGAGCACCAUGUUCCCCUGCCACACGUCCUCCUGGUCCUCCACCCAGCAUCCGGUGCCCUGCGGCCCCAGCCAGCCCCCUCCACCAGCCCAGCAGACCCAGACUCAGCCCCUGCCUGACCUGCUGUGCAGCUGCCCGGCGCCCGCCCUGACCGCCGUGCUCUCCGCGUGCUCUCCGGCCAACUCCGACCCCAUGGAGUCCCUGAUCGUCAUCACGGAGUACGAGCCCAGCCUGCCGGACCCCCACAGCGGGGACGAGGAGGUGGAGGACAUGGACAGUUCCGAGACCCCCGACCCCGCCCGGCCGCUGCUGGCCCCUGAAUCCUGCGACCUCCUGCUGUCCCACAGCGUGGGGGGGGCGCUGCUGGCUGCACCCCCCAGGGGACGGCUCAACAUGUCGGACAGGAAGCUGUCCCUCCAGGAGCGUUCUCCGACCGCCACCUCCCCCUGCGGCUCCCCGGGCCUCGACGGACGCUACAUCUACCCCUCGCUGCCCUACUCCCCCGUCACCUCCCCCCACUCCUCCCCACGGCUCCCCCGCCGGCCCACCGUGGAGUCCCACCGCGUCUCCAUCACAGACCUCCAGGACUGUGUUCAACUCAACCAGUACAAGCUGAAAGACGAGAUCGGAAAGGGUUCCUAUGGUGUUGUCAAGCUGGCCUACAAUGAAGAUGACAACACGUACUAUGCGAUGAAAGUGCUGUCCAAGAAGAAGCUGAUGAGACAGGCGGGGUUCCCACGAAGACCUCCGCCUCGAGGAGCUAAAAUCCCAGAGGGCAUGCCUCAACCCAAAGGACCCCUGGAGAGGGUAUACCAGGAGAUUGCCAUCCUUAAAAAGCUGGACCAUCCCAACGUGGUCAAGCUUGUGGAGGUUUUGGAUGACCCUAGUGAGGACCAUCUGUACAUGGUGUUUGAGCUGGUGAAGAAAGGGGCUGUGAUGGAAGUUCCGGCUGAAAAGCCUUUCAAUGAGGACCAAGCCCGCUUCUACUUCAAGGAUCUUCUCAGGGGAAUGGAGUUCUUGCAUUACCAGAAGAUCAUCCACCGAGACAUCAAGCCGUCCAACCUGCUGGUGGGGGAAGAUGGCCACAUCAAGAUCGCUGACUUCGGGGUCAGUAACCAGUUCGAGGGGGCUGAUGCUCUGCUGACAAGCACGGUUGGGACGCCCGCCUUCCUCGCCCCUGAGACCCUAUCGGAGACCAGGAAGAACUUCUCUGGCAAGGCGCUGGACAUCUGGGCCAUGGGAGUGACUCUUUAUUGUUUCCUCUUUGGAGUGUGUCCAUUCAUGGAUGAGCGCAUCCUGAGUCUUCACCAGAAGAUCAAGAGCCAGCCGGUGGAGCUGCCACCACACGCGGAGAUAUCGGAGGACGUGAAGGACCUCCUCCUGAAGAUGCUGGACAAGAACCCAGAGUCCAGGAUCUCCGUCCCCCAGAUCAAGGUGCACCCGUGGGUGACCAGGCAGGGCGCCGAGCCACUGCCGCUGGACGACGACCACUGCUGCCUGCUGAUCGAGGUGACGGAGGAGGAGGUGGAGAACUCGGUGAAGCACAUCCCCAGUCUGGCCACGGUGAUACUGGUGCGGACCAUGCUGAGGAAGCGGUCCUUCGGGAACCCCUUCGACUGGGGCCGCAGGGAGGACCGCGGGAGCCAGAACGCCCCGGCCCCCGUGCUGUCGAAACAGGGGAGCGCGGAUGGUGUGAUGAGUAUGGACCUGCCCUUCGUAGGCCAGGACGUGGCACUCUCCUGAGGCUCUGAGGAGGCGUGUCCCCCUUCCCCCUUCCUGCAGACAACAGCACCACCCAGCACCCCUUUUUACUGCACGCUCACCAACCCACGGAACGGCUCCUCUUCGGGCUGGAGAGCGCCAUCUGACGGGGACCACAGCGGUAGGGGCGAGAGUUACACAGUUUCAGUUUUAACAGCUGGAACCGAUUGUGAGACUGAUUUUUCUUAAAAGGUUGAGGUUGGAUUCCCUUUUUGUCUUUUGGAGGAAUUCCGACGAGGAACUUGUGGCCCUCUUCCCUCUGCUUUCUCUCUCCCUCCUCUCUCUCUCUUUCUCCUUACUGCAUGCCCCUGUAGCCCCCCCCCCCCCACCCGGUUGGUUUCUGUGGUCGUGUUUGUAUUAUAGAUCCGCACCACUCGUGGAUGGCUCCAUUUCGUGAUCUUUAACCUCAAACGCCGCCCUCUGUGGUGCUUUUUUCUUGCUUUGCUUUUUUUUUACAGUAGGAGAAAUACAGCAACCACACAAAACUCUUCCCGUUGUAAGGACAGACUAAGCCCAGGUUUACUGACAGCGAUUGUCCGUCCGAUCCACCGUCUCCUACUGACUGCCGUUCUGGCCGGGUUUUGUGAAAUAUAUAUGUUGAGGGAGGUGUGAAGGAAUUGUACAGUUUAUUGAAUUUAAGUGAUGGUAGGCCUCCGUUUACUUAACUAGUAUUAUCUGAACGUUUAUAGUUGCAGAGUUACCGAAGUAGUUGAUAUUUUUUGAUGAUUUUUUUAAUAAGCUUGUUGAAGACCCUCACAGUUCAAAUAAACACAUGGAUCUAUUUCUAAAUGCAGACUUUGUUAGUCACCAUGGCAGCAUAGCAUACCAAGUAAGAUUCCCCUUUCCUCAAUUUGUUCUGAGUUCUGAUUAACCCGACUUAGAACCACCUCAAGACAAACUAAUGUCCAGACAAUUAUGUGAUCAACUGAACCUGUGUUUAACUUGCAGUACAAUUAAUGGGUUAUCAUCUUCAAUUCAGAAUUAACAUCAGAUUAUACCAAAAAACCUAUAAUUUGCAAACGCAACCAACAUCCAAGAUUUGGCAAACUUAUUUUUAUAUAGAAAUUCUGGUACUAAAGUUGAGUCAAGGGAUUUUUGCUGCAUCAAUGCGUCAUAUGCAGCCAAACGUCACCUGUCAUGAAUGCAUCCCACAGUAACAGUCAACUGUUACGGACGUUAAGCGCCAGGCUAGGCACCAGCACGUCACACCAAUACACACCCGGUCAGGUGAUUGUUUUUCCAUUUAGUUGAGCUUUACUCAGUUUGUGUGCUGUGACAUGAUGUGAGAUCAGUUUGGAAGGCACAUGUCUGUUAUGUACUGUGUAUGAUGUAGGCGGUAUUUGAUGCCAGUGGUAUUAAGAUGAGGAGGUUCUAAUGACCACUCUGUAUAUUACAUCAUGAACAGCUAUCAAAAUCUGCCAUUCCUUUUAAAUUAUGCUGCAGAGGAAGGAAAAGGGAAAAAUAUUUCACUGCUUUCUAUCGUUCAUUUUCUUGUGUUUUGAAAGACGUGUUUUCGUUAUGUAAUAUAUAAAGGACGGAUGUUUUUAAACGAACCAAAAAAAAGUAUGUUCAACUGUAUUUUGUAACGAGUAGUAACUUUUAAGACCUUUAAUCUAUUAAACCCUUUUAUAAAUGUAUUUCGUAAGCGGUUGACUCCAAUAUAGAUUUUGAGAAGACCUUUGUGAAGCUGCAGAACCUUUUGUAAAAAAUAAUAACAAUCUAUGCAUGACAUCUCUACUAAUGUUUAAUUUAAAAUAAUCGAAAUCUAGUAUGAAUACACUCUGCAAUUAUUUCCAAAUAGAUAAAUCUGUUGACCAUCAUCAGUUUUAUUGAUUGAGCCCAACAUCUGUAAAAUCUCAUUCAUUCAAUUGUUUUGAUAUAUCAUUUAUCUUAUUUUUUCUGUACGAUCACCUUCAUAUUAUUUAUUUGUACUAUAACAUGCAUUUAUACAACGAAUGCUUCCACACAUUGGCCAUGUCAGCACUUUAGCGGACUAGCUGGGAUUUUGUCCCUUGUCUCGUUGCCUGUCACGCUUUACUUUACAUUUUGUGUGUUUUUUUAAAUAUUACUAUGCAUUAUACGAACUGUCUCUCUCUGUACGGUACGAGUGUGUGCCCUGUAGACCUGCCAUAUAAACUGUGCUCAGUUAGAGGAGAGGCUGAUGUGCACUGUCAAGACAAAUUCAAAUGUAUUCCUUGUUAAACAUUUUUAUUUGAACACAGCAGUAUUCAAGAGCUACCAUGAUAAAGUAGGAUUAUUUUUGUUAACAUUGCAUUUUCUGAGGCGUUCUAAGGUCUUGGUCACAAAGAGUUGAAGGAUUAUGGUAUUUUGUUGAGGAACUCAAUAAGUCGCAAUGUUAACACAAAUAAGUUGUGGUUUAUCCAAAAAUAUUCUGCUAAACUGUCCAUGUUCUAAUAAAAAGGCUACCUCAGUUGACCACCUAUUUACAUGUAAAAGCUAAAGUUUGCAUCCUGUGCUCUUCCUUUUAUGGGGACGAAUUUAAAAAGACAAGAUUGCUCUGAGUGGUCAUCCGUUUUGGCCCCAACCAACACCACAUUGGGCAAGUGUGCCAUAUCUGUUACAGCAAACUGUAAUUAUACUGUUGAAGGCUAACUACAUGACAUUUAGCUUGUCACCCCAUGUACUCAGUUGAAGACACGGGCAGGUUAAAUGGUGACCUCUGUUGUUAGCAUGACUUUGCAUUCUGUAGAACUAUUGUAAUUGAUUUCAGUGAAAGCUUAGGGGUCUUUCUUCCCGAAUGCAUGCCAACAUACUGAUUACAUUUGGACUCUGAUAGCAUGCUUAAGAGAUCCUUAGUUAAAGGACGUCAUAAAUUAUUAUACUAUACAUACUGUAUCUGGUUCACUAUUUGAAUAAAAUACAAUUGCCUUUCUGUAAUGUUUAGUGUCAAUGUUAUUUCAUUAUUCCAAGUAGUAAAUUAUUGCAGAGUAGAGUCCCUAUUAAGUUCUGGGUUAUAAGUUUUCAAAUAGUUUUGAUAGGCUAACACAAUAUUUUGGAAAAAUUAAAUAUCAAAUUUGUCUAACAUUUAAACUUAAGAUGCUCUUAAAUAUAAUAUGAGUGUUGCCUAUUGAAAGGCGUAGGCCUAUCUAAAAACAUUUUACUUCAAGGCCUGUGAGGGCAAAUAUUGAGCAGAUUCAAUCCUUUUAUUUGUAUCUACAAUACAUGUUACGAAUAUAUAGUUGUAGUAAAUCAACAAUAUUCAACUCGAGUUUGUAGUUUAUUCAGAGCAUUUGUGUUUGGUUUAAUGGUACAUUUCAACAGUUUGGGACGCAACAUCUUGCUGUUUGGUUAAUUAAAACGUUAGGCCUAGUUGUUUUUUCCCCUGGGGAGCCAUCAGUCCCGUACGCUAUGGAGCACCCUGAGUGGUAGUGUACCUUGGUAUUGUUGUAAUACUCUGUAUGGCCACAGAGUGACGCUGACAUCAAAAUAUUGUAGAAAUAGUUUUAAUUUUAGGAAGGUGCUAUUUUAAUGUAGGUCGUUACGCAGGCUGUAUGCACUUCAUUUCCACCCCGUAAUCAGAUGUAUAACCAUUAAGUAGCCUCUGGGUUACUUAAUGC